GACUGACUGACUUGAUCUUAUCAUUGGAUCGAAUUUAAGAGGAAGGGCGUGGUCUCCGGUACAGCAUCAAGCCUUCUGAUAUGGCCACCAAGAUGCAAAAUGUCCGCCAUCGCGGUAGUCGACCGAGCACCUCACGGGUCGACGCGAACGGCGCUGGUCCCUCGAGACUCUCAACAGCUCGUCCAGGCCAGAAACGAGCAGCGGAUGUUUCUGCAGAGCUUUCAGACGACGAACUGCAACUCAAUGGGCAUGUGUUGGACUCUGACGACGGCGAAGAUGACGAUGAAGAGGAGCUCGAUGAAGCAAGUGAUGACGAGGACCCAUUUCCUGAGCUGGACAGCGCUUCAGAAGACGGUGACGACGACGACGACGGUUCAGAUGAAGCGGAGGAUGAAGUGGACGGCUCAGAUGAAUCGGAUCUUGAGGCCUUCGACGACGAAGAGAGCGGAGAUGAAUCAGGAUACAAUUCGUCAGAUAUCGAAGCCAUGUACUCCUCUUCGACGUCAGUCUCCUCCCGCGCCUCUUCAAGCAAGAAACGCAUCAUCAGCAGUCAGCAGAAGGUCGAUGAUGAGAAGUUGGCUGCUAGGACCGACUUGACAACGGACGAGAAGCUCGAACGAAUGAUUGAAGCGGGUACCAGGAAACCUGAUGAGUCUAUCGGUACAGAUGCCAAGAUCUCCUGGGCGAAAGAGGGAAAGGGAGUUCUGAAGCCCAGCAAGCUUGUACCUGGAGGAUACAGGCGAGAAUACGAUGAUAUCGAGGCAGGUUACGGAAGCGAAAGUAGUACCGAGGAUAAUCCUAACACCGUCGGUAACAUACCUAUGGAGUGGUAUGACGACCUCCCACACAUUGGUUACGACGUAUCAGGUCGGAAAAUCUUCCGACCAGCACGAGGAGAUGAACUCGAUAAAUUCCUCUCCAAUGCGGAAGAUCCAGCGGCAUGGACAAGCGUCGAAGAUAAAUCAUUGCAGCGAAAUGUUCAGCUCACAGACAAGGAGCUGGAUAUCAUCCGACGCCUGGAGCGGGCCGAGAACCCAGAUGCGGAUUUCAACCCGUAUCAAGAUACCAUUGAGUGGUUCACUGGUAAAGGUCAAGAGAUGAAAAUGCCGUUGAGCGGUGCACCCGAACCCAAGCGACGAUUCGUCCCAUCCAAAUGGGAGCACCAAAAGGUCAUGAAAAUUGUCAAGGCCAUUCGUGAAGGUCGAAUUGUUCCCAACAAGCCCUCCGCGACCAAACCCUCCGUUUACGCCAUCUGGUCCGAUUCUGACAUUCACACUCCUCAUGCCAUGUACAUGCCUGCACCUCAACUUCCCCCUCCCAAGACUGCGGAAUCUUACAAUCCACCCGAGGAAUACCUCCCGACGGAACAGGAGAAAGCCGAGUUUGAGGCCACAGACAAGGAAGACCGGAAACAAGACUUUCUACCUCAAAAGUACGACUCACUCCGACACGUACCGGCGUACAAGGAUCUCGUUCAAGAACGAUUUGAGCGAGCUUUGGAUCUCUACCUCGCACCUCGUACUCGACGGGUCAAGCUCAAUAUCGACCCAGAGAGCUUGAUUCCAAAACUCCCAUCUCCUCGUGAACUCCGGCCGUUUCCUACAACCUCCUGUGUUCAGUAUCGACAUCCUGGUGAUACACGUGUCAGAGGUAUCUCUGUCAAUCCAGGUGGAGAAUGGGUCGCAUCGGGAAGUGAAGAUGGCAUUGUCAGAGUCUGGGAUCUGGGCAAUGGCAGAGAAGUGUGGAAGUGGAACCUCAAAGCAGGAGCGAUUCAACACGUCGAAUGGUCUCCAAACAAGGAGCAACUCUUGCUUGCUGCGUUGGUUCAGGGCAAGAUCUUGGUAGUCUCCCCGCUGGCGCUGGCCUCUCCUACUGUCUGUACCUCGACCCUGGAUCACGUCAAUUCGGCCUUUGCGAGUAGCUCUGCGACGACAAAGUCAGGUGGCUUGGAGGCCAUCAAAUGGGUUAGGCCAUCGGAAGAUGAGCGAGAGCGCGGGGUCUUGGUCAUCAUCGAGGUACCAGGGACACCCAAGCACAUUGCUUGGCACAGACGAGGAGACUACCUCGCAACGGUCGCGACAGAGGCCGCAGAUAAAUCCGUCCUGAUCCAUCAAUUGUCCAAGCACGCCACCCAAUCGCCCUUCCGUAAAACCUCUGGAGCCGUUCAACGUGUUGCAUUUCACCCCUCGAAACCUCAUUUCUUCGCUGCGACGCAACGUCAUGUGAAAUUGUACGAUUUGGCUGCUCAAAAGCUUCUCAAAACGCUUCAGACGGGUCUCAAUUGGAUCAGCAGUAUCGACAUUCAUCCAGGUGGAGAUAAUGUGAUUGUCGGAAGUUAUGACAAGAAGCUUGGUUGGUUCGAUUUGGAUCUAUCCAACAAACCCUUCAAGACAUUAAGAUACCAUUCUCGAGCUCUACGAUCCGUCGCCUUUCACCCUACACUACCACUGUUCGCUUCUUCCUCCGAUGAUGGGACCAUCCAUGUAUUUCACGCGACGAUCUACACCGAUCUGAUGCAGAAUCCGCUCAUUGUACCGCUCAAGAUUCUCCGAGGUCACAAGAUUGUCGAAGGGCUAGGCGUACUAGACGUCCGGUGGCACCCUGAGAAACCGUGGUUGGUCAGUUCCGGAGCCGAUGGCGAGGUCCGAUUGUGGUGUUCAUAG